AUGACUGAUAUCGCCAACAAAAUGGCGGCCACUAGCCUCAGUUCGUUACUUUCGCUUUCGAAUGCCUAUUUGCCUUCGUCGUACGAUUUGAAGUUGGCUAUUGACCACACAAAGCCAAAUUUCAGCGGUACAGUUACUCUUGAUUUGGUGAAAAAUACCGAUACCUCCAACGACUCAACUCCGUUCGAAAUCAGCUUACAUGCCAAUAAAUUGAUUAUCACUAAGGCAGUAUUAUCCGACGAUAAUGACAGCCACUCAUUGAAAGUCACACAUGACAGAGCUAACCAAGUGAUUACUCUCAAAUCAGAGACUCCCAUCAAGAGUCCUAAAUCCGUAACUAUCAACUAUUUCGGACAAAUCAACAAGAUUCAAACUUACAAGGAUACCACUCGUGGUUUGUUUAAGACUAACUACCUUGACUCGGUUUCUGGAAGAUCAGAUAACUAUAUCUUAGCCACUCACUGUCAACCACAUGGGGCCAGAUUAUUGUUCCCAUUGAUCGAUGAAGUUCACUUCAAGGUGCCUAUCAAGCUCACCAUUGAGACCUCGCCUAAAUUCCAUGUCAUUUCCAACGCUUUAUUAACUGAAGAUGAAUCUAGGACUUCCAUUUUUGAAUUUGAACCUACCCCACCAAUAUCUCCUUCAGUUUUUGGGUUUGUUUUGGGAGACUUUGGCUAUGUGGAAAGCUAUGCAGGAUCUACCAGAGUAAGAGUCUACAAUGCGGUUGGUGAUGCCACUCAAGGAGCAUACGCAUUGGAAGUAUUGAAAACUUCUAUCACCACGUUGGAAAAGCUACUCAACUUCAAAUUCCCUUUGAACAAGAUCGAUCUCAUUGGCUUACCAUUUUUAAGUGAUGGAGCUAUGGAGAACUGGGGAAUGAUUACCGUCAUUUGUGAUCAAAUCAAAAUACAGGGUAAGGGCUCUCUCGAACAAAAGAUUCAAAUGCAAAAACUCAUCGCUCAUGAAGCUGUUCAUCAAUGGAUUGGAAACUUGGUGACUUUUGACGACUACAGUAAUCUUUGGUUAAAUGAAGCUUUUGCGACAUGGUUGGGCAAUUAUGUUGUACAAGUUGCAGACUUUGAAAAACAGCCCGAAAGCGUGUAUGAUAUUCUGCAAAUCGAGAGCUAUGAAUCCUACUUGGAUGAGGAUUGUUUGUUCGAUGAGAAUGGCCACAUAAUCCCUAGCAUCCACCAAUAUCUUUCAAAAGUCGAUACUGGUAUAAACUCAUCAACCGCUACCAUUUUUGAAACCAAGUCAUACGAAAAGGGGAUUAUCUUAUUGAGAAUGGUCUCGAAUAUCUUGCAUAUUGAUGGUUCAAGCUCAGAGAAUUUGUAUCACGAGGAUUACACUUUGAUUUUAAAGGGCUUAUCGAAAGUUCUUGAGACAUAUCAAUUCAAAUCUAUCAAGGCUUUUGAUAUUUGGAACAUUCUCAAUGAGUUUACUUCAAUUGAUCUCCCAAGUUUUGUCCAUUCAUGGACUAGAAAUCCAGGAUUUCCAUUAGUCAAGGUUAAAAGUAGCCCUGCCAUGGAUAAGAUUAUUUUUGAGCAACAUACAUAUGUUUAUGAUGCAACUGCAGAACAGCUUAAAUUAGAGGAUCAACCAUACCACGUCCCCUUAUUGUUGAAGGUGGUUGACGAUAAUGGAGUAGUUAAGGUAUUGAACGUCAUCAUGUCCGACAGAAGUUUAAAAUUGGAUAUUCCAAUUCAUCAAUUCAUUAGUGUCAAUAACAAGCGUGGAGGAUAUUAUAGAACCUUAUAUUCCAGUGAAAUUAUCCAGAAGGCUAUUGUACCCCAAAUCAAAGAAAAUAGAUUAUGCGCUCAAGAUAUAAUCACUAUCAUUAAUGACUACGGUAAAGUCUUGGGUACUUCCAACUCUACUAGCACUGAAUUAAUUGAUUUCAUCCUGGUAAUCAAUAGUUUGUCCCUGAAGAGCUGGAAGAUAGAUUACCAUGUUUUGAAGGUCGCUCUUAAUUAUUUGGAAACUUUCAACAACAUUCUCAUGCAUUUCAGUGAAUACACCAAAUUUGAAGAAUGGCUCCAACAAUUCAUCUUAAGAUUGUACAAAAAGGUCGGCAGAUGGGAAUCUUUGUCAAGCUUAAACAGAGAGAGCUCGCUAACUGAAGUCCAAGUUAGAAACUCCAUCUUGCAAUUUGGUAUAAAGAAUGUUGAGUUCCAGGAAAUUGCAAAGAAGUUGACCAAAACGUUUUUGAAUCCUGGAAGCAAAAACCAGUACAUCCCCAAGGAAUUGUUGUCUUCUAUGUUCAACUUGUUUGUGUACAAGGCCAACCAGAAGGACUAUAAGAGAGUUUUGGAACUCGUCAAGAACUCCAACAACUCAUUAUUGGACCACUCAAAUGUCACUCAACACGAGUUGCAAACUAUUGCACUUUCGUCGUUAUCGUUUGCGACUGAUGCCGAGCUUGUGCACAAAACGCUUAACUUCGUGAUGACUAACAUUGAUUCCAAGAUGAUUGAGCUUGGAUUGAUUGGAUUCCAAUACAAGCCCAACAAGCAGGACAAGAUCAAGCUUUUCCAAUGGUACUCGUUGCACUACGAUCAAUGGGUUCGUAAGUCGUUAAGAAAGGGGUCUGAUUGGUCCAAACAGAUGGCAGCCACCGUGAAAAAUAUUUCCACCAUGGUGUUGGGAGAAAUCAUGCAAUACGAUCCGGAACUCUUAGGCAUGAAGGAAAAGUUCGUAAGGCAAAAAACAACCAGCUUACCCCCGCACGAAUUGACUGAAUUAGUCGAAACCCUCGAGGCGGAAAACUACGAAAAAGCCACUAUUGGGGGCUUUUACCCUGAGUUGGUCGGGGCCUUGCCCCAGGCAUGA